AUGGCAGAGGAAGUGGUAGUAGCCAAAUUUGAUUAUGUGGCCCAACAAGAACAAGAGCUGGACAUCAAGAAGCAUGAGAGAUUGUGGCUUCUGGAUGAUUCUAAGUCCUGGUGGCAAGUUCGAAAUUCCAUGGAUAAAACGGGUUUUGUGCCUUCUAACUACGUGGAAAGGAAAAACAGUGCUUGGAAAGCAUCGAUUGUAAAAAACCUAAAGGAUACGUAAGACAUUGGAAAAGUGAAAAGGAAACCUAGUGUGCCAGAUUCUGCACCUCCUGCUGAUGAUAGCUUUGUUGACCCAGGGGAACGUUUGUAUGACCUCAACAUGCCUGCUUAUGUAAAAUUUAACUACAUGGCAGAGAGAGAGGAUGAAUUGUCAUUGAUACGAGGGACAAAGGUGAUCGUCAUGGAGAAAUGCAGUGAUGGGUGGUGGUGGCGUAGCUACAAUGGACAUGUUGGAUGGUUCCCUUCAAACUACGUGACUGAGGAAGGCGACAGUCCUUUGGGUGACCAUGUGGGUUCUUUGUCAGAGAAAUUAGCAGCAGUCGCCAGUAACCUAAAUACCGGGCAAGUGUUACAUGUGGUACAGGCUCUUUACCCAUUCAGCUCGUCCAAUGAUGAAGAACUUAAUUUUGAGAAAGGCGAUGUAAUGGAAGUUAUUGAAAAACUUGAAAAUAACCCUGAGUGGUGGAAAUGCAGGAAGAUCAAUGGAAUGGUUGUUCUGGUGCCGAAAAGCUAUGUUACCAUCAUGCAGAAUAAUCCAUUAACCUCAGGUUUGGAACCACCGCCUCCACAGUGUGAUUACCUUAGGCUUUCACUCACUGGAAAGCUUGCUGGCAAUCCAUGGUAUUAUGGGAAAGUCACCAGGCACCAAGCAGAAAUGGCAUUAAAUGAAAGAGGGGAUGAAGUUGAUUUCUUCAUUCAUGAUAGUGAAUCUGCAAAUGAUUUUUCAGUAUCACUAAAAGCACAAGGGAAAAACAAGCAUUUUAAAGCCCAACUAAAAGGGACUGUCUACUGCAUUGGGCAGAGUAAAUUCAGCACCAUGGAAGAACUUGUAGAACAUUACAAAAAGGCACCAGUUUUUACAAGUGAACAAGGAGAAAAAUUGUAUCUUAUCAAGCAUUUAUCAUGA